AUGCCAAUCCUCAUCAUCUCAUCUCCUCUACCGAUCCUCGCCAUCUCAUCUCCUCUGCCGAUCCUUGCCAUCUCAUCUCCUCUGCCGCUAUCUUAUCAAUUUGCCUUACUGAAAGAAAAUCACAGUGCAUCUUUAAAGCUCCCCGUCAGCAUUGCUUCUCAUCGCCAGUUAAUGUUAAAGAAUGAGAAAAGAACAUCUUCCUUGACUGGUCACAUGUGGGUAACUGAGAUACUGAAUGGAUCCGCAAAUCGGUUCUUCGAGCUAUUCCGUAUGCAAAAGUCUGUAUUUAGGUGUUUGGUGAAUGAGCUCACUCAAAAGUAUGGUCUACAACAUACAAGAAAUGUCACCGCUGAAGAAGCAGUACUAAUAUUCUUAUACACAAUUGGACAAGGAGUUACUUGUAGAAAUGUGGAAGAGAGGUUUCAACAUUCUGGAGAGACAGUGCAUCGACAGUUUCAUCGAGUGUUGAAAGCUGUGCACAAACUUGGAAAUGAUAUCAUUAGACCAGUAGACAGGAAUUUCAGAGAUGUGGAGGAGCACAUCUGGGGUGAUGAUCGAUAUUGGCCUUACUUCAAAGAUUGCAUUGGAGCAAUAGAUGGAACACAUGUGGCAAUUCAUGUCCUCGCUGAUAAACAAAUCCCAUUCAUGAAUAAGAAAGGGUAUACAUCAACCAAUAUUUUAGCUGUAUUUGACUUCAAUAUGUGUUUCACAUAUGCACUUAUUGGUUGGGAGGGAUCGGCUCACGACACACGUAUUCUUCUUGAUGUUUUACGAAAUCCAUCCAUGAAGUUUCCUCAACCACCAGAAGGUUCGUAA